AUGUGGAACGCGCUGUGCUGCGGGACGGCCCCCAGAGCCGUAUCCCUGCUGCUCCCGAGGUUAAGCACCUUAAACGGCGUGUUUGGAAGGGAGCACAGGGAUCUGUGCAAGCAGCCAGCGCGCAGGCUGCAGGGUGAGGGCUGGGGAAGGACAGCCGGCAUGCUGCCCUGCCGCUUAGUGAGCGGGAGAGCGAAAUACAGACAGUGUGCACCAGCUUACCCUGCUCCGGACGGACUCAUCCCGUCUGUGCACCGGCAAGCGUUUGAAGACAGCCUGAGGAACAGCGAGGCUGUUGUUAAAAGAUACUUGGAGUUGCUGGAGCUGGUCAGGAAAGGAGGGGGAGACAAGGCCGUUGGGCGUCACACCCAGAGGAACAAGAAGCUGUUUGUCCGGGAGCGCCUGAGGCUGCUGCUUGACCACGAGUCUUUCCUUGAGCUGCCUCCACUGGCAGGGCUCAACAUGCCCUAUGGGGAUGUCCCUGCGGCUGGGGGCCUUACCGGAGUUGGCAAAAUCUGUGGGGUCUGGUGUGUCUUCAUGGCAAACGAUGCAACUGUGAAAGGAGGAACCGUUUAUCCCAUUGGGGUGAAGAAACAGUUAAGAGCUCAAGAAAUAGCCAUACAGAACAGGCGGGUAUCCAUGUACCUGCUUGACAGCGGGGGAGCAUUCUUACUGUAAAAGCAGAAUUGGUCCAGGUUCCUUCCACUGUACAGAGAGCUGUUUCCUGACAAGUCACACGGUGGCAGAGUUUUCUACAAUGAAGCGAUGAUGUCCGCCAUGCGAAUCCCUCAGGCGGCAGUGGUGUGUGGCCCCUGUGUGGCUGGAGGUGCCUACAUCCCAACCAUGGCAGAAGAAGCUGUGAUUAUAGAUAAAGUUGGUACAUUAUUCCUUGCUGGCCCACCUCUGGUAAAAGCUGCUACAGGAGAAUAUGUCUCCCCCGAGGCUGGAGGAGCCAGACUUCCCUCUCAUGUCAGUGGCUGCAGUGACCAUUUUGCAUCUUCAGAAAAGGAAGCCUAUGAAUGUAUUCGAAACAUCACCUCCACACUGAAUUAUGAACCCGUGCCAGAGGAGGCCAUAGAGCACCACAGCCCUUUGUAUAGCUCUGAGGAGCUCCUGGGACUGGCACCCAGGUGUACUCUUCCUGUCAAGUUGAUUCUGAGCCGUCUGCUGGAUGGAAGCAGAUUCCAAGAAUUCAAGGCUCAUUACGGAAUGACAUUAGCAACAGGAUUUGGCCAUGUGGAAGGGCACUUGGUGGGGAUAGUGGCCAACAACGGUGAGCUGUCUCAUGAUGCUUCUCUCAAGGGUAGCCACUUCGUGCAGCUGUGCAGCCAGUGGAGCAUUCCCAUCCUCUUCUUCCAGAACACAGCUCCACAGGUAGCAGAGCCAACAAGCAUCUCACAGGCAGAGGCUCACACCAGCAGAGUGAAAGCCCAGGCCUCCAUGAUGGCUGCUGUUGCUUGUGCUGCUGUUCCCAAAAUAACCAUUGUAGUCAGUGGCUGUUUUGGGAGCAAGAGUUACGUUAUGCGUGGGAGAUCGUUCAGCCCAAACUUCUUGUUCUUGUGGCCUAAUGCACGGGUUGCUCUUGUGGAUUCAAGACAACUCUCCACAGUCCCACAAGCUGGGGACAGUGGGCACAGAGGAGAGGAAGCACAGCUGAAACAGCUGAAAGAAAAGCUAGAGGAAGAAACCAGUGCAUUUUACUCCUCUGCCAGACUCUGGGAUGAUGGCAUAAUUCUACCUCAAAACACUAGAAAGGUGAUUGCACAGUGUUUGAAGAUCAUGGAACAGCAGAAGUACCAGGUUGUGUCUCGGUGUCAGCAUCCUGUCAUCAGGGUGUAACUACAG